AAUUUCUCCACCCAUGUAGCAUGUGGUACAGCCAAGUUUAGAUGGGUGCAGCUGACUUAAGUCUGUUUUUCCACUAGGUUACUCUUUACCAAAGCCUGUGUAGUUAGAAGGCUUGUUAACAGAGGGACAUGUGCUUCAGGAAGCAGAGAGCAGCGGUCUUCUCUAGCUCUCUUGUUCUUCCCCCUCUGCAGAAGAUGAGCAAACUUGCUGUUUCUGCCUCCUCCCUUCACUAAUCUAUUUAGUGCAGGGUCUCUGUCAUUAGAAGAUAAUUUACAUUUCAAUAGCAAUUUAAGAGUUCACAAAGAAUUUGCAGCAUCUUCUUUCAUCCUCCUUUUACAUAGGAGAAAUUAAAAUCCAGUCAGGUUUGUAACUUACCUAAAGGAAUAGGGUUAAUUAGCCACAAAAGGGUUUUAACUAAAGCUACAAUUCCUUAACCUUAGAGGUUCUUCCCACUACAUUCUCAAGUAAGAACUUUUGAUUUUACUCUCAGGACGGGAGAGGAUUUUACUCUCCACAGCUCCAUUUGUUUCUUCUCUUGAGAAAAGCUUAUUCUUCUAAGGGAUGAAAUUUAUUGGGUACUCACAGGCCUCUCCAUAUCUGGUGGUAAUUAUCUGAAUGUGCAGGUGGCACUUUGCAUCUUGAAAGAUUCCACAAAUGAGCGUGGAGAACACAUGCAGGUGGUUAGAACAUCUUUAUUCAUUCCAAGUGAUAGGAGGCUGGUCCUUGGCACAGUAGAGAAAAAAGGCUUAGAAGUCUCCCCACCAACAGGGAGCCACCCACCCAUAGUCCUCUGCAUGACUCCUUACGUACCUGCUGCCAGUGCAUCAGCUCACCAGGCCCAGCCACUUUCCGGAAGGUGUCGAGCAGGAGGGGUCACUGUAGAGGUUGUGCAGUCUGGUCUCAUUUUACUUCAAGAAAAUUGAGCUGGGAGAGGAGGGGUGUCUUUAAAGUGAUUUGCCCAAACAGAGCAAGUAAAAUGGCGGAACAGGAAGAACAGUGAACUUGGAUCAUAGCUGCUGGGCUCCGGUGUUCUCCUUUAAGUCUCAUUUUUCUUAUUUUUUAAAAUGAGUACAAUAAAACUACUUAAUGUGGUUCAACAUAUUAAGUCCAACAAUGUGCAGACAGAGGAACUUCUGUUUCUGAGUGAAAGGACUCAUGUAGUAGGAGCCAUCUAUAGCAAAAAGGAAGUGGAAGGUUGUCAAGGGCUCAACGUUACUACCCUACCUUGCAAAAUACUUUUAGCCAUUAUGCUUUCAGUGAUCCAGCUUUUGCUGUUUUACCAUGGUUUUGAAGAUGGCAGUAACAAGAUGAAUAGAAAUCCAGUAUCUUCUUUCUUUCUUCUCAAAUAUUGACUCAUUUAUUUGUUGUAUUGCCCUGAAUAUUGAGCAUGUGUGCUUUGAUGUGUUAUUAUCAUACCUUUAUUGGUAUAGAGAACAGUAUAGAGAACAUUUGGUAUAGAGAACAGUUCUUUAGUCUACCACAUAAUUUUAACCAUCACAGAUAGGCUUUGGGAGGCAAUAAUAAUAGCGGGUGUUUUCUUUCUUGUGAACUUGAUAAUGGGAGACAUUUAUUUGGAUUAGUCUUCCUAUAAAAAACCUGGACCAACUAUGAAAAUAAUUACUAAAGCCAAUAAGAUAGAAGUUGUUAACUGAGAUCUGAGAAAAGGUACAAAAAUAGAAUAAGCCCAGCACUUACAAAGACUUUUGUCUUGAUAGUAUUUACCAAGCUAAGGAGGGAUCUAAAACUUAGACAUUCAUAUUCCUGACCUUCUGAGCUAUAAAGGACAGAAUUUCAAGGCUUGCCAAGGUGGGUACUCUCCUUGUAAAUUCCCCCAUUCUAGACCCAAAAGUUAAUAUCCUAAAAAUAAGAGGUAACCAGAAAUAAACCAGUCCUCAAUGUAUUUAAGUAGGCUUUGUAUCAAAUGGAUGGCCAAGGACAUAGAAAAUCUCAAAUUUUGUAAGCACCCCAGGAGUCUAGCAGAAGCAACAAAAAUUGUCCUAUGCCUCAAAUUAUUUCUAUAAAUAAUUUUGCAAUUAUACAGCACACAAUCAGAGAGUCCCCAGCAGAGAUUCCUCUCAGCACUGAUCAGCUCAGUAAGCCACCCAUAAAUUCAGUUGUCCUCCUUUCCCUGCUUUUCUUUUCCCAGGCACUAUUCUUUAUCCCUAAGACCAUCUUCAAAAACAAACCCCUGCUUGUAAACACUGCUCUCCAUCCUGUUGCAUUCUCUGAGACACUUGGUGCCACAAAUGGCCCUAUGAAAAGACUUUUCCGAUGUAUUCUGGUACUGGACCAACCGGACCAUAAUAAGGACCUCAUUACUGCUGGAUGAAUGAGAGAACCAUCUCCCCUGCCUGAGGACACUGUAAAGACUGCCAGAUGGAGGAGCCUCACCAGAUGUGUUUGUCUGAAGAUCUGCUUCUACCUCCACAUGACCAUCCAGGAGAGAACACAAAAAUAGAGGUUGGCUCAGUGUAUUUGUCUUGUCACACGGCAGCCUAUUUGUAAUAUAAAGACAGUGGUCAAGGAAAAUCUUUCUGGUUGGCUAUUUUACAAUCAACCCACUUUAUAUCCAGAGAUAAGUGGCUUAAAUAUGGCUAAAUGUAGUCAUUUAGACAGUGGUGAGUAGUUGGACAAGGCAAGACUGAAAGAGCAGAAACCAGAAAGUUUAAGGAAGAGCCAGAGAGAUCAACUUACAGGAGUGAGUCAACGUCAGAGAAUCAUCAUACUUUAGCUUGUAUUAUUGUCUGCUAGACACGAAGUCUGCCAAAGAUGCGCAAAACAACCAAGAAGAUGGAAUGGCUCAUGUAAGUAUCAGCCAGCUUCUACCUGUGAUGUUACAGUGGGAUCUUUAGCAGAGAGGCCCUGAUGGCAGGAAUGAUGACUCCUUCUGGGCUCUCUGUCACUUGGGCAAUCCUAGCUGCUGCUACUGCCAAAAUCCCAAAGUGCCUGCAGCAGUGCUGAGCAAAUCCAGUGCUGGGCCAUUGCUGUGACUCCCUUGAGGGAACCAUUCAGUUUCCCGACAAGCAAGUUGAUUCCAUUAGACUCUUUGCACCUGAGAGCAACAAUUCAUCCUUCAGGAAUUGGCAACUACUUUAGUUAAGAUUUUGCUUUUUCUGUCUACAGUUCUUCCACAUCAAAGCUUUGAAGCUGGAUCUAAAUCUCAGCUCUCUUACUUACUAGCUAUGAUUUCAACUUCUUUUGAAUGUUUACUUUGUGAGAUUGAUGUGAAAAUUAAAUGAGCUAAUACAUGAAAAGCAUCACAAUUUAUACUCACUGCUCGCUAUUUUAAUUCUUAUCAGAUAAAAUUUCCUUCUCUUCCUAGUUCACUACAAUUACUCUGAGGUUAAAAAUAAAAUUCAAAUUUUAAUUUGAAUAUUAUCAUACUCUUUUACCAUGAUGUCUAGCAUGUUAAUUUGGUGAGGCUACAAUGCUAAGUGGUUCAGUCAGACUAUUGUAGAUGUCACUGUGAAGGUAGUUUGUAGAUGUGAUUAACAUUUAUAAUCAGUUGACUUACCGGCUAAGUAGGUAAGGACUCAUCUGAUCAGUUAAAGCCUGAAGAACCAAAAACCAACCACCAAACACACACACAGAAAAACCCUGAUGUUUCCUGGAGACAAGGCAAUUCUAUCUCUAAAUUAUAAUAGAAAUCCCUAAGUUUCCAACCUGCUUGCCUGCCCUGUGGAUUUUGGACUCAACACUAUGCUUAACUCUUGGUGGCUUUUGCACUGAGCAGUCCCCACAGUUAUGUACUUAAGUGAUCCAGUUCUUUAAAAUCAAUCUCUUUUCAUCUCUCUUCCUAUAUAUUUUUUUCCUCCAAAAUCAUAGGUCUUAAGCACAUUAUUGACUCUUUGAACCUUGAUCAUUAGUGUCUCAUUAAAGUAGGUUUACUAGAAUGACCUCAAUAUUAUACUGAGGUUUCAAGGAAAUGAAAGCAUUUUGUAAACUCUAAAGCAGUACAUAAAUGUGGUUGGGAUUAUUAGAACACACAAAUAAAUAUGACCACUCACAGUAAAAACUAAAACAGAGCUUCCUGAACUCCCUGGUUCUGUUUCAGAGAAUCUUCCAUGUGUAUUUGCAGCGGUGAGAGGACAUGCAUGAGAAUCGGUGCAGUGUACAUGGCCUUCUGGGUAUAUGCCCCUGCAUUCUCAAAUCAGACGUGGUGACAGUCCCCUGGCCAGAGAGGGCUGAACAGUGCUGCUUUCGGAACACCUGCAGCCACCCGUGGAGUCUGAUGUGCUGUCACCUGCAAACUGCUUUUCUUUCUACACCUAUGUGAAUGUAAUUUUUUUUUGUUGGUCAACAUCUAUUAUUCCAUCUAACAUUGAAGUAAGGAGCUUUUGUUUUGUCACCUCACUCCAUUGUUCUUCCUUUGCAGCUAGAGGAAAAGAAGAUCCUAUUUUUCAAAAGAAAGAACCCAAGUUCAGAAGUCACCAGAUUGGGUUUUAUUGUCAUUUAUGUCCAGAGCAGCUGAGGAAAUACGAUCUUUUUGUGCGUUGGAUUAUUUAUCUGUCAGUCUUGUUAAUGGUGUCUGACCAACCUACUUUAUGUGGUUAUUAGAGUAAAUGGAGAAAUUAAUGUGUAUAGGGAACUCAGAGAGGCAUUCUAUUAGUUAACUUACAUAAUAAUUUACAUAAGUUAUUUAGUUAGCAUAAAGCUGGAUAAAUAGACUCCUGGGUGGAGGCUGUGGUGUGGUGGACAAAAGCCUGGCCUCUGAAACCAGGUUGCUUAGGUUUGAACCUCAGCUCUUGUGUAACCUCUGGGCUUCCAUUCCUCCAUCUAUAAAAUGGUAGUGUUCUACCUCAUGGGAUUGUUGGAAGACUAAGUGGUUUGAUUUAUAAAAUGAAUAGUGGCAGGUACCAUAAAGUGAUUAUGUAGACCAUGAAUGAUCUUGUCGAUCAGAGGAGAUGAGUAGAUUAUCCACUUAGGUUAGCAACAAUAAAUUGAACAAGUGAAAUGCCCUGGGAUUGUGCAGGCAGGAGGCAUGGGUGGGGGUAUGCAUGAAUCGUGACUAGCCAUAAGUUAAUGAUGGUGGAUGCUUGGUAUUAGUUACAUAGACAUUUGCUUACUGUUGCUGUACUUUUGUAAAAAGUUGAAAUUUUACUUACUAAAAAUGCUUUUUUUGAAAACAUUGGCCUAGGAAAUCCAAUAGUUCUAUAUUGGCAGGUCUUCAUUUCAGUUCAUUUUUGCAAAUGAUCACUAACUGGACUAGGAGAUUAGGAACUGAUAAAAUUAUAUAAAGUUAUGUUCACCUCAUGUUCAUUUUUAUCAAUUUCUUUUAUUGGGCACAGUUGACAAAAUCAUAUAUAUUUAUAUAUACAGCAUCAUAUUUUGAGUGGCAUAUACAUUAUGAUAUGAUUACUACAGUCAAGCUAAUUAACAUAUUUUAGACAGCGUUUGAUGCAUAAAAUAUUGGAACGAAGUCAUAUUAGGAGUAAUUUUGCCAGACUCUCAGGUCUCAUGUUGUAAUCAUCAUUGUAAAUGUUUACGUGACUAAUUGAAUGACUGAGUGAGAAAAAAGGUUUUUGACAAUAAGAAAAUGUGACUACAUUUCAAGUAAAAUUUAGAAAGUAACUUAUAUAGACAAAGAGGUUGUGACACAGAUAGAGACAGGGUCACAGCCUCCAGUCUGCAAAUAGCAUUAUUUAUUAACACAUCUUUCUGAGUUAAACAGUAGCUAAAAUAUCCUAGCUGUCAUGUUUAAUGAUUAGUUUACAUAACCUCACAACACUAACUUGAAAGCUAAGCUCAUUUAUUUUUCAUAUGCACUGUAAGCAACAGCACCUGGGGUUCAGGACAAACCUCUCCCACGAGGAGUUAAUGCAACUCAGUAGUCAAGCAGAUGUUGCUGAAACUGGGCUGUUUCUUAAUUUCACACCAUACUCAGUUGCUGGCAGCCAGUAGAGUUUUUUUAUAAAACAAAAACAAUCUAUGUUGGUGGGAAGGUAUGGAGAAUUUUCUAAUUUAAACAUUAUAACUCACUGCUAAUUUUUAUCAAAGUAAAGUACAAGGUCUGAGACAGACCUGGAUCUGAAUCCAAUUUCCAUUAGUCACAAGAUUCUUGGCAAGUUCUUAAACUAUCUGAGCUGUUUUCUCAUUUGUAAAGGAGAGUUAAUACCAGUCUCCAGUGAACUGGUAAAUGUUUAACAAUUAUCUCUCAGGGUUAGCAAAAAGCUGUGAUGUGUAGGGCUUGCUGGCUUCCACGGUGUAAUUAUUCCCACCAUGGCCUACUUCAAGCUACCAACAGGACGUCUCUGAAAAACAGAGCCAGGGAGCGAUGGGCGGCAGCAGUCACACACCACCCUUCAUUGUUCCCACCCUCCAGAUGCAUGGAUCUCAGUGUCCCCAGAAGCCAGAUAAUAGUAAAAUCUAAUAACUAAAUGAUUAGAAAGCAGUGUGUUUUAUUUAUGUAUUACAUUUGUUUUUAAUAUAUAUUAUUUAAUUGUAAGUUGAUAUAAUUUGAUUUUAAGUAAUGGCGGAAUACAGACUCCAGCUUACAAAAUCCCUGAGAAUUUAACAGUUUGCCCUCAUUCCAGUUCCAUCACACUGCUGCCUAUCUCUAGCUCUUGGAUUUCCUAAGCACUGCAGUGAGGAAAUUUCUCCAUGACCCAUAUCCACAUCAAAGGAUGUGAGACUGACAUGUGACCAUGUAUCCCAUCUGACUCGUCUCCAGGAUGGCCAUGCUAGCUGCCUCUCCUACAGCAGAACUUGGAGCUCUCUACAGCUCCAGGGGCAUCACUGAGGGACAGGAAACGUGUAAUGGACCCUGUCAUACCAUGCAGCAUUUGAAGCAGCAGAUGAGCAUCCAACUUCGAACACAGAGUGGUCAGCAUAGCACAGUGAUAAAAAGUAAAAGCAGAAUCAGAUUUCUAGCACACUACUAUCUAUUUAAAUGCAUACAAAGUAAUGUACUUUUUCUUCAAGGGUACUCAGAUAAAAAGGUGCAGGUGGGGAUAUAGCUCAGCGGCACAAGUGCCUGCCUGACAAGCGCAAGGUCCUGAGUUCGAUUCCUGGUACCAAAAAAAAAAAAAAAAAGAUCAGAUGUAUUUGAGUACUCUUGGAAUGCCCAUGGAGGGCAGGGCUUCGUUGUGUCAGCAAGAUGCUUUCAAGCUUGAAUUCCUAUUGCCUCUAAUAAAUCUGUGCAGGCUUAUACAUUUAUCUUAUUAAUUUUACAGAUUUAAAAAUACAUAGAACACAUAUUUACUGUAUUUCCCUAAUAAAGCAGUAUUUCCAGUAUAGGUACUACAUACAGCAGUCAUUAAAGGUUAAAACCAUCAUAGCUAAGUUAUCUGUACAUUCACAGUGAUAUUCUGCUUUGUGUAUGUUAUUUCACGUAAUGUUCAGACAAAGGACUGAAGUUUAGAGGACCCAAGUGUUAUAGCAAAGAUGAGAGACCUAGCAAGGACAGGGCAGCACUGCCUAGCAAACACCAGCGUUCCCUGGUACUCUGCCAGGGGAAACAAAAUCUGUGUGAACCUUGCUGGGUAAAUGUGAGGUCUUUGCACUCUGUAUCUUCAUUAUUCUUUUGUGCAUUCUUUGUCCCCAGACAGAAAGCAAAUACUACAACAAUGAUUAACUUCAAAGUGUGAAUUACACUGAAGUAAUGAUGCUGUAAGGAUAAUGAAGAUUUUAAAGAACUCUGUUUUUAUUUGAAUGAGUGACAGAGGGCACUUCAGAUAUUUUCCCACUUCUGCCUAUAAACUUCCCAGAUUCUCUUCUCGAAGCCAUCGUUUGGAAGAGGAAAGGAGCCUUCACUGAAGAGGGCUUUGAUGGGAGAAGUUCACUGAAAGUUCAUCUGGCUUUGCUCACUCCUGGUUCACCUGCCCUGGCAUGAUGGGAGUGAAGCCCAGGGAGCCACGCAUGCUCACACGCUCUGAGAGAUGCUCUACACUUACAGCGGGGGAUUUUGCUGCCAGCACAACCAGAAGAGCUAAGCCUGCUGCUAGAUUUCUGCAAGACAGCAAUGAAGUCCUCUGAGGAGCCUGCAGAGAUGAGCAGAGUUUGAGAUGGUGACCAGCAUGGGCAGAAGAGAGCCAGAUUCAGAGGACCUUAUGGGCACCAGCCAGGAAUGGGAGGAGUCUCUUGCUGAGGAGUGCGAUCUUGAAAUUAAAGGGGUGACCCCUGACACAGCAGGGGAAUUCUUUCCUGUGAGCCAGUGGCUUUGCUGUACCUGUUGAUGAAUGGCCCCUCAGGUUAGCUGCAUUUCCUCGUCCUUCUUUCUGCUUUCCUCUGGGUUUGGAGUUCACUUGAGAAUGGGCAUUCUCAAGAGGCUUACCCAAGAAUCUUCAGGGCAUCUGACUCCAGCCCUGGGGGCAGGAAGGGGUGUGGUAGCCAAAGACGCUGGACACACAGAUGUUCCUUCCCUUGUCCUCCCUCUGAGCUCUUUUGCAGAUGGCAGCCUGAACACAUUCACUGAAGAUUUUGUACCCAGUCAGAUCCGGCAAAGGCCACCCUGGCUGCUAUGAAUGGCAGUGGACAGAGUCAGAUGGUGAGACUCCACUUUUAAACAACUGGUGAUGACUGAGAUGUGCAUGGCCACUUUUCAAGGCAGCAGCGUUUCUGUCCUAGCCAGCUGAGGAAGAUGCCUGAUCCUCAAGGAUCAGCCCCACGGUCACAUCCCUCCCUCCCAGGACAGUGAAGGGGCAGCCAAGGGCUGUCUUCAAGCUGAAAUCAGCCAAAGGAGACUGGGCAUGGUGGUAAACGCCUGGAAGAGAGACCAGGAAGCUGGGAAGAGAGCACGGUCCAGGCAUGCAUCCCUCAGGCUCCUUUCUGGUCAUCUGGGAAGACAGCAUGAAGAAGCAAGUUAGUCUCUGCUGCUGGCCCACGGAAGCCUCCUGUUCUGCAGGAAACACAGCCAUAUUAACAGAAAACACGGCCAUUUUCAUGUGUAAAUGUUGUAAUCUUUUCUCGCCAAGCCAAUCGGAACUACUGUCCCACGUCUCUGAGAAGCACAGGGAUGAAGGAGUUAAUGCAGAUGACAUCAUUAUUCCCCUGAGGCCUCUGAGUACUCCUGAACCCUCCAACCCCAGCAAGACUGGAGAUGAAUUUCUGGUCAUGAAAAGGAAGAGAGGCAGACCUAAGGGAUCCACAAAAAAGCCCAGUGCAGAAGAGGAUUUGUCAGAAAACAUCGCGAGCCCGAACGAGGAUGGUCAGCUGGCCCCGGAAGAAGGCAGUGGCCUGGCACCCAGCAGCCUGGAGUGCAGCAAGUGCUGCCGCAGGUUCUCCAACACGCGCCAGCUGCGGAAGCACAUCUGCAUCAUCGUGCUCAAUCUGGGUGAGGAGGAAGGAGAGGCAGGUAAUGAGUCAGACCUUGAACUAGAAAAGAAGUACAAGGAAGAUGAUCGAGAAAAGGCCCCCAAAAGACCUCGGUCCCAGAAAACAGAGAAAAUCCAGAAGAUCUCCUCAGGAAAGGAGGCGAGGCAACUCUCUGGAGUGAAGAAACCCAUCAUCAGUGUGGUUUUAACUGCUCACGAAGCCAUUCCAGGUGCUACCAAGAUUAUUCCAGUGGAGGCUGGGCCCCCAGAAACAGGAGCAGCAAAUCCUGAGCCUAGCGCAGCUGAUCUGGUUCCACGGAGAGGGUACCAGGAGUAUGCCAUUCAGCAGACCCCGUACGAGCAGCCCAUGAAGUCGAGCAGGCUAGGUCCUACCCAACUGAAAAUCUUCACUUGCGAAUACUGCAACAAGGUCUUCAAAUUCAAGCACUCUCUGCAGGCCCACCUGCGGAUCCACACCAAUGAGAAGCCAUAUAAGUGCCCCCAGUGCAGCUACGCCAGCGCCAUCAAGGCCAACCUCAAUGUACACCUCCGCAAGCACACUGGUGAGAAGUUCGCCUGCGACUACUGCUCUUUCACCUGCCUCAGCAAAGGCCACCUCAAGGUGCACAUUGAGCGGGUGCACAAGAAGAUCAAGCAGCACUGCCGCUUUUGCAAGAAGAAGUAUUCUGAUGUCAAGAACCUCAUCAAGCACAUCCGAGACACGCACGACCCACAGGACAAGAAGGUCAAGGAGGCCCUGGAUGAGCUCCGCCUGAUGACAAGGGAGGGCAAGCGACAGCUGCUCUAUGACUGCCACAUCUGCGAGCGCAAAUUUAAGAAUGAGCUGGACCGGGACCGCCACAUGCUGGUUCAUGGUGACAAGUGGCCCUAUGCUUGUGAGCUCUGUGGCCAUGGGGCCACCAAGUACCAGGCAUUGGAAUUGCACGUAAGGAAGCACCCCUUUGUAUAUGUCUGUGCCAUUUGCCUCAAGAAGUUUGUCAGCUCCAUCAGGCUGCGUUCCCACAUCAAAGAGGUGCAUGGAGCAGCGCAGGAGGCCCUGAUCUUCACCAGCUCCAUCAACCAGAGCUUCUGCCUCCUGGAGCCAGGAGGGGACAUCCAGCAGGAAGCCCUGGGAGACCAGCUACAGCUGGUGGAGGAGGAGUUUGUGUGCCAUGGGGUAGAUGCUCUUAAAGAGGAGGCCUGUCCUGAGGGUGCUCAGUGUGAGGAGGAGCAGAAGGAACUGGAAGUCCCUGUGGAAUUGCCUGCCCCAGAGGUGCCCUUGGCCAGCCCCCAGGCUGAAAGUGAUGCCCUGCCACCCUGCGAGCUGGAAACCACUGUGGUCCCAGCAGACCUGCAUUCUCUCGCUGUGGUUUCUGAUGAUUUUUUAUUAAAAAAUGAUACCUCCUCUACUGAGGCUCAUGCUGGUGCCGAGAAGAACUUGGACACCCAGCAGGGAGGCUCAGUCCAGACUCAGGGUGAAGAAAUCGUGCUACUCCUAUCCAAGACCAAAAGUUCUGGGCCUGGCCCAGUGACCCAGGGUGCCAAGAGCCCUCCAAGUGAAGGCCAGGAAGUGACUGCCCUCCCAGCUGGUGAACUCAAUUCCAGCAGAUGUCUCAGGCCAAACCCAGGUGAGGCCUCAGAGCUCCUUCCUCCAGUGGCCAGUCGGGGGGACCCUGACGUGCACCAGCCUGACUCUUGUAAAGCUGCCUCUGAGCACCAGCCCGGCAGCACUGCGUUCAUGAAGGUACUGGACAGUUUGCAGAAGAAGCAAAUGAACACUGGCCUGUGCGAGAGGAUCCGGAAGGUUUAUGGAGACCUGGAGUGUGAAUACUGUGGCAAACUUUUUUGGUACCAAGUGCAUUUUGACAUGCAUGUCCGCACCCACACCCGGGAACAUCUGUAUUAUUGCUCCCAGUGUCAUUACUCUUCCAUCACCAAAAACUGCCUUAAACGCCAUGUAAUUCAGAAACACAGUAACAUCUUGCUGAAGUGUCCCACUGACGGCUGUGACUACUCGACUCCAGAUAAAUAUAAGCUGCAAGCACAUCUUAAAGUUCAUACAGAGCUGGACAAAAGGAGCUAUUCUUGUCCUGUGUGUGAAAAGUCUUUUUCAGAAGAUCGAUUGAUAAAGUCACAUAUCAAGACAAACCAUCCUGAGGUCUCCAUGAGCACCAUUUCUGAGGUUCUUGGGAGGCGGGUGCAGCUGAAAGGGCUAAUUGGAAAGAGAGCCAUGAAGUGCCCAUACUGUGAUUUCUAUUUCAUGAAGAAUGGCUCAGACCUUCAGCGUCAUAUCUGGGCUCAUGAGGGGGUGAAGCCCUUCAAAUGUUCUUUGUGUGAGUAUGCGACUCGCAGCAAGAGUAACCUCAAGGCUCAUAUGAAUCGUCACAGCACUGAGAAGACUCACCUGUGUGACAUGUGUGGCAAGAAAUUCAAAUCAAAAGGGACGUUGAAGAGUCACAAGCUCCUUCACACGGCUGAUGGAAAACAAUUCAAAUGCACAGUGUGUGACUACACAGCAGCCCAGAAGCCACAAUUACUGCGGCACAUGGAACAGCAUGCCUCCUUCAAGCCUUUCCGCUGUGCUCACUGCCACUACUCCUGCAACAUCUCUGGCUCCCUGAAGAGGCACUACAACCGGAAACACCCCAGUGAGGAAUAUGCAAAUGUGGGCAGUGUGGAGCUUGCAGCUGAAGCACUCAUCCAGCAAGGUGGUUUGAAGUGUCCUGUUUGCAGCUUUGUGUAUGGUACCAAAUGGGAGUUCAACAGACACUUGAAGAACAAACAUGGCUUGAAGGUGGUGGAAAUUGAUGGAGACCCCAAGUGGGAGCCAGCAGCAGAAACUGCUGAGGAGCCCUCCACGCAGUAUCUCCACAUCACAGAGGCUGAAGAAGAUGUUCAGGGCACUCAGGCAGCUGUGGCUGCACUCCAGGACCUGAGAUACACCUCUGAGAGCGGUGACCGCCUCGACCCCACAGCUGUGAACAUUCUACAGCAGAUCAUCGAGCUGGGCACCGAGACUCAUGAUGCCACUGCUGUAGCCUCAGUAGUUGCCAUGGCACCUGGGACAGUGACUGUGGUAAAACAGGUCACUGAAGAGGAGCCCAGCUCCAACCACACAGUCAUGAUCCAGGAGACCCUCCAGCAAGCCUCCGUGGAGCUGGCCGAGCAGCACCACCUGGUGGUGUCCUCUGAUGACGUAGAGGGCAUUGAGACGGUGACUGUGUACACACAGGGUGGGGAGGCCUCGGAGUUCAUCGUUUAUGUGCAGGAGGCCAUGCAGCCCGUGGAGGAGCAGGCGGAGGAGCAGCCAGCACAGGAGCUCUAGAGGACCACAGCCUUGCCAAUGCACAGGACAGGCUGCUGGGCACCCAGGGCAGGAGACCGCCUGGCCAUCUGGCCUGGAGAGUAGCACCGUCCUCUGCACUUCCAGCCCAGUGGCCCAGGUGGGGCUCUCCGCUAUUGUUUGAGUGGUCAAGACGACUGCAUCACCAGCAAUACAGGACCCUGGACCCAGCACAGACUCACAGACUCAUGCCCCUUACCCUGUAUCAUCUGCUUCGGAAGGAUCUUCGCAUCAGCCCUUCUGCCUCAUGUCACCCCUUGCUUCCAGAUGCAGUCUGAGACUGUCCCAUCAGCCUCUUCCCUGAAUCGUACCCCCAGCCCCUGGCCCCACCUGCUGCCCAUCCCUGUCUGGGCCCACUCUGCAGUCUGGUGAAAGGGAGACAGCCAUUACACAGCAAGUGACCUUAUGGCUUAUGAGUGGCACUGGGUGGAGGGGUGGGAACAUCCUAGCUCUCUCCCCAGGGUCCCACCCUCCUCAAGUGUGGGGCGGCUUGGGAUCAAGUGCGGUAACCACCAUUCCCCCGUCACAAGGUCCCAGCUUGCCAUUUUAGAGUUCUUUGGCUUUUUAAUGCACUUUUACCUAUGCCUCCCGUUCUGAGAGGUGAGGUGGGAGGAAUAAAGGUGUUUCUUGCCUGUG